GCCGGGAAGGGUCGGGGAGCAGCGCGAGGGUUGCUAGCCGAGCGGGGCUACCAGUCUGGCUGGGUGCCUCCGGCGGAUGCUCGGGGCCCAUGGACCCCCGCCGCGGGCUCGCCGUCGCCUGGGUUCUCUGCCUGCUGCCCGGGUUCAGUGAUGCCUUCAACAUUGACACCAAGAGGCCCAAAAUCAUAGCAGGCUCUAAAGAAGCGUAUUUUGGCUACACAGUGCAGCAGCAUGACAUUGGGGGCAAGAAAUGGCUGGUGGUGGGAGCGCCCUACGAAACCAACGGACAGCAAAAGACGGGAGACGUCUACAAGUGCCCGGUGAACGGUGACACCCACAGCAACUGCACCAAACUCAACCUAGGAAGAGUGACGCUUUCCAACGUCUCCGAGCGGAAGGAUAACAUGCGCCUUGGUCUGAGCCUGGCCACCAACCCCAAGGACAACAGCUUCCUGGCCUGCAGCCCUCUCUGGUCCCACGAGUGUGGGAGCUCUUACUACACCACAGGAAUGUGCUCCAGGGUGAACUCCAACUUCAGAUUCUCCAAGACCGUGGCUCCCGCUCUCCAGAGAUGCCAGACGUACAUGGACAUAAUCAUAGUUCUGGAUGGAUCAAACAGCAUAUACCCUUGGGUUGAAGUUCAGCACUUCCUGAUAAACAUCUUGAAAAAAUUCUAUAUUGGCCCUGGCCAGAUUCAAGUUGGAGUCGUUCAGUACGGAGAAGACGUCGUCCAUGAGUUUCAUUUAAAUGACUACCGGUCUGUAAAAGAUGUGGUAGCGGCUGCCAGUCACAUAGAGCAAAGAGGCGGCACCGAAACCCGGACAGCCUACGGGAUAGAGUUUGCUCGCUCGGAAGCGUUUCAGAAAGGUGGCCGGAAAGGGGCAAAGAGAGUAAUGAUUGUAAUCACAGAUGGAGAGUCGCACGACAGCCCAGACCUGGAGAAGGUGAUCGAGGACAGCGAGAAGGACAACGUCACCCGCUAUGCGGUGGCUGUCCUGGGCUAUUACAACAGAAGAGGAAUCAAUCCGGAAGCCUUUCUGAACGAAAUAAAAUUCAUAGCGAGCGACCCGGACGACAAGCACUUCUUCAACGUCACAGACGAAGCCGCGCUCAAAGACAUAGUGGAUGCGCUGGGAGAAAGGAUAUUCAGCCUGGAAGGAACUAACAACAAGAAUGAAAUCUCCUUUGGACUGGAAAUGUCCCAGACUGGAUUUUCAUCACAUAUUGUGGAAGACGGGAUCUUGCUGGGGGCGGUGGGUGCCUACGACUGGAACGGAGCGGUCCUCAAGGAAACCAGCAGCGGGAAGGUCAUCCCGCUCCGCGAGUCCUAUCUGCAGGAGUUCCCCGAAGAGCUGAAAAAUCACGGCGCUUAUUUAGGUUACACCGUCUCCUCCGUGGUGUCGGCCGAGCGCCGGCGGAUCUACGUCGCCGGAGCGCCCCGGUUCAACCACACGGGGAAGGUCAUCAUCUUCACCAUGCACAACAACCGGAACCUCAGCAUCCACCAGGCGCUGAAGGGCGAGCAGAUCGGCUCCUACUACGGCAGCGAGAUCAGCUCGGUGGACGUGAACGGCGACGGCGUCACGGACGCGCUGCUGGUGGGAGCCCCCAUGUACUUCAGCGAGGGCAGGGAGAGGGGGAAGGUCUACGUCUACGCCCUGAGAGAGAACCGCUUCGUUUUCAGCGGGGCCCUCGAGGAUCUGCAGAGCUACCAGAACUCCCGGUUCGGCUCCUGCAUCGCCACGGUCCCUGAUCUCAACCAGGACUCCUACAACGACGUCGUCGUCGGGGCGCCUCUGGAAGACGACCACCAAGGAGCAAUAUACAUCUUCCAUGGCUUUGAAGAGACCAUCCUGAAGAAAUACAAGCAGAGGAUAGCAGCUGUGGACCUCGGACCAGGCCUGAUGUAUUUUGGAUGCAGUAUCCAUGGACAGCUGGAUCUGAAUGAAGAUGGGCUCAUAGACUUAGCAGUUGGCUCUCUUGGGAAUGCCGUGCUCUUAUGGUCCCGCAGCGUCGUCCAAAUCAACGCCAGCGUCCGCUUCGAGCCGUCCAAAAUCAACAUCUUCACCAAGGACUGCAAGCGGAACGGGAAGGAUGCCACCUGCAUGUCAGCCUUCGUCUGCUUCGCCGCAGUCUUCCUCUCUGCUCACUUCCAGACGGCCAGCGUGGCAAUGAGGUACGAUGCCACCAUCGACGAGCGGAGGUACACGCCGCGGGCCCACCUGGACGAGAACGCGGACAGGCACACUCGCAAGGUGCUCACCUUGCUCGCCGGACAAGAGCACUGCGACAGGCUGAACUUCCACGUAUUGGACACAGCUGACUAUGUGAAGCCGGUGGCAUUUUCCGUAGACUAUGACCUGGUGAGCCCUGAGGAUGGUCCCAUGCUGGAUGAUGGCUGGCCGACUUCGCUCAAGGUCUCGGUGCCUUUCUGGAACGGAUGCAACGAGGAUGAGCACUGCGUCCCCGACCUCGUCCUUGACGCUAGAAGUGAUGUUCCAAGUGCCAUGGAGUACUGCAGAAGAGCCCUGAGAAAGUCGCCGUCCGACUGCGCGGCUUACACGCUGUCCUUCGACACGUCCAUCUUCAUCAUCGAGAGCACCAGGAGGAGGGUGGCCGUCGAGGCGACGCUGGAGAACAGGGGUGAAAACGCCUACAGCACUGUCCUGAACAUCUCUUUCUCGAGAAACCUCCAGUUCGCCAGCUUGAUUCAGAAGGACGACGCAGACGGCAACAUCGAGUGCGCGGCCGAGGACAAGCACCCCGGCCGGAAGGUGUGCAACGUGAGCUACCCGUUCUUCCGAGCCAAGGCCAAGGUAGCUUUUCGCCUGGAUUUUGAAUUCAGCAAGUCGGUUUUUCUUCCAAGCAUGGAGAUCUAUUUGACCGCCAGCAGCGACAGCGACGAGAGCGAGAGCACCAGGGGGGACAACGCCGUCCUGCUCCGCUACCCGCUCAAGUACGAGGCCGACCUGCUCUUCACCAGGACGUCGAGCUUGGACUACUACGAGCUCAAGCCCAACAGCUCCCUGGAGCGAUUCGACGGCCUCGGCCCCCCGUUCCAGUGCCGGUUCAAGCUGCAGAACCUGGGCUUCUUCCCCGUGGAGGGCGUCACCAUCAAAUUCACCAUCCCGGUGGCCACCCGGGGCGGGAAUCGCCUGCUGCUCCUGACGGAUUUCACACCGGCCCAGGAGAACGCAACCUGCAACGUCUGGGGAAACGCCACCGACUACCGGCGUGCGCCGGCGGAGGAGGACCUCCUGGGGACCCCGCAGCUGAACCACAGCAACGCGGACGUCGUCUCCAUCGACUGCGACGUGAAGCUCACGCCGAACGAGGAGACGGAUUUCCGCUUGGGCGGCAGCCUGUGGGUGAAGUCGCUGAAAGCACUGAAGUUCAAGUCGCUGAAGCUCACCACCAACGCUGUGCUCCAGCGGCGCUUCCGGAGCCCCUUCGUCUUCCGCGAGGAGGACCCCAGCCGGCAGGUGACAUUUGAGAUCUCCAAGCCGGAGGAGUCGCGGAUCCCCAUCUGGAUCGUCCUCGGCAGCACGCUGGGAGGCCUGCUGCUCCUCGCCCUCCUCGUCCUCGCGCUCUGGAAGCUUGGCUUUUUUAAAAGUGGCAGCCGCAAGAGAGAUUCGGAGCAGGAGCAGAGUGCCAAAGUGUUAGAAUGAGGCUGCCCGGCGAGCGCCGCCGGAGCGCGGCUGGCUGCCGCCGCCUUGCUCUUACCUUCCCGAGCGCGGAGCGUACGGGCGUCUUGGUGCCGAGGGAUUUGUGUGCCGACCUCUGUUUGCAUCGAGAUGAGACCACAGCCCUCUGUGUGAUGUUGCCUAAACAGACCCCCCCCCCCCCACACACACACACCCCAAAAAAAUCUUCCCCCUCCAAAAAAAAGAUAAAUAAAUAAAAGGCAAUUGGGUGGCCCUAUGCCGUGGGCGCAGCAAAGGUAUUUCAAACUGGUUUUUAAAACAGCGCCGUCGGCCAGGCGAGCAAACGGUCCGGCCGCCCCGGUGCCCGGGGAGAAGCUCUGCGAAACGGAGCGACUGAAUGGAGAUUUUAAUUUGCCUUCCUUUUAAUGCACUGAAUACAAAUAAUAGCAAAUUAAAGCACCUUAAUGCAAAUCUCCAGUGUCCAGCUGUAUAUACUUAUUCUAAAAAUAUUUACCUGUUCAAAACAAAAAAAAAAAAAAAAAAUCAAAAACCAGUUUGAAGUGUUUUCUACAAACGGAGCAGUUUCAAAGAGCGUGUGUCCAGCAAGCAUCUGAACAUGUAUUAUAAUUGUAUAUACUUGGUGUAAUGCAAAACCAGAUGGUCAGUGCUGUUUGACAAAAAUCUUUCUUUUGCAUAAUAGAAUUAUUUAUGCUAAUAUUAAUUUUAUGAAUGGAAAGCAAGCAUAUGUCCACCUGAUGUGUAAUGAAGUUUGUUAAAUACUGUCUUAGCAUUUUUUUUUAAGGAUUAAAAAUACAGUAUUUUAAAAAAACAAA